AUGGCUACCCCCAGUGUUCUUACCUUUGAUGCUGAGGGUCGUGCUGUUGACUUUGAGGUCUGGGUCGAUGACCUCCAGCUGUUCCUACAGUGCGAUAGGGCAGACGGACUCUCCCUGUUCGAUCUCACCUCUGGUGCCUCCCCUGCCCCGCCUGCUACUGCUGACAGCACUGUUCGCUCACAGUGGGCCACACGCGAUGCUGCUGCCCGUCUUGCUUCGCUGACCUCAUUACGCACCUCCGCACUAGUGACACUCGCUACCGCGCUGCGCUUCCUGCUGAGUUCUGUGCCAAGAACCCCCCCCCCCAUGUACAUCACCGUCUACUACAUAGUCAGCCGGCUCCCUGACUCCCUUCGCUUAGUCAGGGACCACUUCCUCUCAGUUUGCCCCACCACACUCACCGUUGACCUCCUCGAGGAGCGCCUCCUAGCAGCAGAGAAGAGCAUAGUCGCUGUAGGAGCCUCUCGUGGUGACCCUCGCACCCCCGUCUUUGAGGGGUGUUCCCCUUCCCCCCUCUUGCCCUCUGUUGCUUCUGCUGCUGCGGCCGACCUCGUUGGUUUCGAGUCGGUCGGCGCUGCGUCUGCCCCUAGCGGGAGACGCCGCACCGGCAAGGGCAAGGGGGGCAAGGGCGCUGGGGGGGCUGGCGGGGGCGGUGGAGGUGGUGGUGGAGGCAGUGGAGGGGGUGGGGGUGGUGGUGGGAGUGGUGGCGGGGGUGGAGGUGUCGGUGGCAGCAGUGGAGGCGGAGGAGGCGGCGGCGGUGGCGGAGGGAGCGGAGGCGGCGGAGGUGGCGGAGGCGGCGGAGGUGGCGGAGGCGGCGGAGGUGGCGGAGGCGGCGGAGGUGGCGGAGGCGGCGGCGGCAGCGGUGGAGCUGGUUGCGGCUCUGCGCAGAGGAGUGGGUCCGGUGGUGGUCCGCGCCAGCAGCAGCAACGCAGUCGUGAGACCCUGUCCCCUCAGCAGCUUCGUGAGUGGUACGCUGCGCGUCAGCGCGGUGGGGGUACUGGUCCCUGCACCUACGUCCUCCGUACUGGCCGACACUUGGCUACGUUCACCCGUCGGCCGGGGUCGAGCCUGUACACACUUACUACUGAGUCUCCUCCGGCUGCUGAGUCUGGUCAGGUAGCUGUGUCGAGUCAGGUGUUUGCUGCAGCGUCCAGGUCUGGUCUUGAGUCUGCUCCCUGCUCGUGUCGUCUCCUGUCCCACCAGACUCUCCUUUGGCACCACCGCCUUGGUCACCCCUCCCUGCCUCGUCUCCGAGGCAUGGCCUCCCGUGUCCUUGUCUCUGGUCUCCCCCGGUCUCUCCCUCCCCUACCUCCGGGGCCUGCCCCUACCUGCGUCCCCUGCGUCGAGGGGCGACAGCGCGCCGCCCCUCGCUCCUCCGAGUUUCCUCCGACAGAGGCUCCGCUGCAGACUCUUCACAUGGAUGUGUGGGGCCCCGCCCGCGUCCGUGGCCAGGGGCACGAGCGUUACUUCCUGUUGGUGGUUGACGACUACUCGCGUUACACCACAGUCUUCCCCUUGCGCAGCAAGGGUGACGUCACUGAGGUGUUGAUCGACUGGAUCCGCGCAGCUCGUCUCCAGCUCAGAGAGAGUUUCGGCUCGGACUUUCCUGUUCUGCGUCUGCACUCUGACAGAGGCGGGGAGUUUUCCUCUGCCCGUCUGGGAGCCUUCUGUCGAGCACAGGGCAUCCGCCAGACCUUCACGCUUCCGGCCUCUCCACAGCAAAAUGGGAUUGCUGAGCGCCGCAUUGGCAUGGUCAUGGACGUCGCUCGUACGUCCAUGAUCCAUGCGGCUGCCCCCCAUUUUCUGUGGCCGUUUGCGGUUCAGUACGCAGCGCAUCAGCUCAACCUUCAGCCCCGGGUCUCCUUGCCAGAGACCUCCCCCACCUUGCGGUGGACGGGGAAGGUUGGCGAUGCGUCUGCGUUUCGGGUCUGGGGAUCUCGGGCGUUUGUCCGCGACUUGUCUGCGGACAAGCUGUCCCCCCGUGCUGUUCCCUGCGUCUUCCUUGGCUUCCCCCCUGACGCGCCUGGUUGGCAGUUUUACCACCCCACCUCGCGCCGUGUUCUGUCCUCCCAGGACGUCACCUUUGACGAGUCGGUGCCUUACUACCGUCUCAUCCCCUACCGCACUGCGCCCCUCCCCCCACCGCCGCUCUUCCUUACGCCAGGUCCUCCCCCGGUAGACCCCCUCCCCCCUCAGGGUCCUGCCCCGUCAGGUGUGUCCCAGGUAGACGCAGUCGGGCCUGUCGAGGUAGCUGUUGACUCUGGUACUGCUAGAGGUGCUGAGCCUGCGGGUGCCGGGUCUGGAGGUGCUGAGCCUGAGGGUGCGGAGCCUGGGGAGCCUGGGGGUGCUGGGUCUGCUCGUGUGGCCUCUCGCGGUGCUUCGUCGAGGCGGGAGCCACUCUCUCCGCAGGAGCUGCGCGAGUGGUUUGCCCGGCGCUGGAGCCGUGCUGCUGGAGCUGGAGGUACUACUGUUACUACUGGUCCCGGAGGUGCUCGUACUGGCGGUACUGGAGCUGCUGGGGCUGGGGGUGCUGCUGGGGCUGCUGGAGUUAGUUCUGCUGGAGGUACUUCUGGAGCUGCUCGCGGUACUGGAGCUGCCCGUCCUGCUGGAGUUGGUGCUGCUGGAGCUGCUGGAGCUGGAGCUGCUGGGGGUGUUGGCGCUGGUGGUUCUACUGGCGCUGGUGCGUCUGAGGGUGCUGGAGUUGGCGCUGUUGGAGCUGGAGGUGCUGCUGGCGCUGGUGCUGCCGCUGGGGGUACUGGUGCUGUCCCUGCUGUCGCGGUCACAGUUACAGCCCGCCUCCCCCCUACCUGCUCCUUCUCCCUACACUGGUCCUACUGGAGGUCUUGCUGA